AUGCGGGACGACCACGAAUUUAACAUAAAAUUUGUAAGCGUUGUAGAGGCAUAUCCCUGUCUGUAUGACAAUACGCGGGAGGAUUAUCAUAUGAACCAUGUGCAAGAGUGGGCCUGGGCCAAAAUUGCGAAAGACAUUGGAGAAGGAGACCAAGAGACCGAAGAGCUUGAACCCGAACAAUUAGGAAGUCCAAAUGAAGUUGGAAAUUACAAAAACAACCACGGGAAAAAGCACGAUAGUGAUGAUGAACAGUCGAUUACUGAAGACGUCAACCAGGAUGUAUCAGAUGUAAUUUUAUCUCAGCGAGAUAGUUUGGAAAAAAACGAUUCUCUUAAUCCAAAGCAAGGAAAACAAAAAAAAAGUCUAUCCAGUUCGUCAGUACUCAGUGAAAAUACUCGUAAACCUAAAAGAAGUAAAACUACUCAGAAUGAAGAAACUUUGGAAGUCACUGCUAUAUUCACUGUCGUCCUUUUACCGAUACGAGUAGCUAUAAUAUGUUUCUUCGUAACUGCUGGUUGGAUAUUUGCCAGUAUUGGUUUAUGGGGUGUUACAGAAAAGGAACUGCGUGACAAACCUUUGGCUGGAUGGAGAAAGAAAAUGAGAACCAUUUUAUGCUUUUUGGGAAAAAGCACUUUUCGAGCUGGUGGCAUGAAUGUUAUUGUAAAAGGCAGACAAGCCAGCAGAUCUGAGGCUCCUAUACUAGUCGCUGCUCCUCACUCGACGUUUUUGGAUGGGGGUAUUAUCUAUGUUAUCGGUUUUCCCUCCACUAUAUGCAGACGUGAAAGUGGGGCUAAUAACCAUAUAGGAAAAUUAAUUAACUUCACCCAGCCCGUAUAUGUGUGGAGAGACGAUCCCGACUCCCGUCAAAAUACAAUAAAAGAGAUUAUAAAUAGGGCUACAUCGGACUUGGAUUGGCCCCAAAUAUUAAUCUUUCCAGAGGGAACCUGUACCAAUAGGUCCUGCCUGAUAACGUUCAAGCCAGGCGCAUUCUAUCCUGGAGUUCCCAUCCAGCCCGUGUGCAUUCGAUAUCCCAACAAAUUAGAUACAGUUACAUGGACUUGGGAAGGCCCUAGUGCGUUAAAGCUUUUAUGGCUCACACUUACCCAGCCCUAUAGCAACUGCGAAAUUGAAUUUUUGCCCGUAUACACUCCAAGCGAAGAAGAGAAACGUGAUCCAAAAUUGUUCGCAAACAAUGUCAGGGCUAUAAUGGCUAAAGCAUUAGGAGUUCCAGUAGUCGAUUACUCUUACGAUGAUUGCAAAUUGAUGACAAAGGCCAAAGAAAUGAACCUGCCAUAUGCCACAUCUUUAGUCGAAGUUAGAAAGUUAAGACGGACGUUGGGCUUAGAAAAUACCAAUAUCGAAGAAAGUUUUUUAAAUUCGAGUUUUAUAUGUGAGAAGAGGAUGCAGAUAUGCAGGAUUACAUAUAUAGAAUUCACAAGACUAUUAAAUAUUUCUACAGAAAAUACAAUAGCGUACCAGCUGUUUAAAAUAUAUGAUAAGCAUAACACUGGCGUAUUAGAUUUUAGGGAAUAUUUACUUGGUGUUUUGGGCAUUUCGAAAGAUAGAAGUACAUUGGAAGUGCUUCAAAUAGCAUGUAAAAUAUAUGAUCGCAGUGGGUAUGGUAGAUUAUCACCAGAAGACUUCUGUAUGGCGGCAUGUCAAACUUUAGCUUUGAGUAAAGAAUAUGCUUUAGAAGUAUUUGAUCAAGUAGAUAGAAAUCAACUCGGAUACAUAACAUUUGAAAAUUUUGUUACUUAUGCGAGGAAGAAGGCUGAGUUUACUAGUUUAUUCAGUUUAAGUCCAGAAGAAAAAUUCCAACAGCGAAAUGGAGAAAUUUGUCCAAACUACUACAGUAAAAAAGUUGAUUGAUAUUUAUUUGUUAAUCAUAUGUAAUUUACCUUUGGACACACCAAUGCAGCCAUUAUUUAUCGCAACUAUUUUCUAUUUAAAAAUAUUAUAUAUCUUACGUCAAACAAUUAAAGAAGUUGUAGGUUUAGUUACUAUAACAAU